AUGUUAUAUCUAGCCUUUGUAUUCUUCAUUUCUUGUUUAGCUGAAUACAAUCCGUGCCCUUCACCAGACUAUGAUGUUUAUAGUACUCAAUAUCGUAGAUGCUACCGCUCUAUUACUUUUCCUCGAACAUUCGAUGCGUCCAGAGAUCAUUGUUUGAGCUUGGGAAUGUUCCUAGAAGAAAAUCCGAAUUCACCUGACCGUCGCUUCAUCAGUGGAAUGAUGAAAAGUGAAUUCGGAUUGAAAUAUCAGUAUUGGCUACGAAAGGAACUAUCUAGGAAUGGACAAGAAAUUAUUUGUAAGACAUUGACAGCCAAAUACCCUGUGAGCUUUUCUUGCCAGAACUAUCUUCCUUCUGUUUGUGUGAGACAGUUAGAUGACCUCCACCAAACACUGGACAUGAUCGAAUUAAAUGAAACGAUGGUUCUUCCAGAUCUUCUAUCAUCUAGUAGUAAUUAUACUGAUAUAGUUAUGGUUAUCUUAUCAAAUGAUAUACCACUCCUAAAGAAAGAACCAAAAACCAUUCCCAAAUGCACUAAUGAUGAAUGGAGAUUAUUUGAGAAAAGUUGUUACAAGAUGUUUCGCUUGAGAGAAGGGCAGACUGAAAAGGAUGCUAUGACUGUUUGUGAGAGCCUCAAUUCAACUAUCGUCAAAUCUACUUCGGCUAAAGAGAAGCAAUUUCUUGAUAGUUUACCGGUCUCAGAACAAACCAACAAGAACCGUCGUCUAAGGUUACGUGAAGUUAAAGAAUGUAGUUACUCUCAGCGUACGGACGGUGUGUUCGUCCCACCAUUACACGAUUUGAAUUGUCUUUCGCUGGAACAAUACUUCUAUUGUAAACUUGAUUCAUCAUGA